GUAGAACAAGUGAAAUUACUAGAUAGAUUCAGCACGAGCAAUAAGUCGCUGACGGGAACUCUGUACCUUACAGCAACUCAUCUGUUAUUCAUAGAUUCAAGCCAGAGAGAGACGUGGAUACUACAUCAUCACAUUGCUACAGUGGAAAAGCUUCCCCUGACUACUUCUGGCUGCCCUCUUGUCAUCCAGUGCAAGAACUUCAGGAUAGUUCAUUUUGUUGUUCCCAGAGAGAGAGAUUGUCAUGACAUUUAUAACUCUUUGCUUCAGCUAUCAAGAACAGCAAAAUAUGAAGAAUUGUAUGCCUUUUCCUAUAAUCCAAAACAAAAUGAAUCUGAGCAAGUCAAAGGUUGGCAGCUUAUUGAUCUAGCAGAUGAAUAUAAGAGAAUGGGAGUGCCAAAUGCUUACUGGCAAUUGUCCGAUGCAAAUCGUGAUUAUAAGAUUUGUGAAACCUAUCCUAGAGAACUUUAUGUUCCUAGAACGGCAAGCAAGCCCAUAAUUGUUGGUAGUUCCAAGUUCAGAAGCAAAGGAAGAUUCCCAGUGUUGUCAUAUUAUCAUAAAAAUAAAGAGGCUGCAAUUUGCAGAUGCAGUCAACCUCUCUCAGGUUUCAGUGCCAGGUGCCUGGAAGAUGAACACAUGUUGCAAGCCAUCAGUAAAGCAAAUCCUUCAAAUCGCUACAUGUAUGUCAUGGACACCAGGCCAAAGCUUAAUGCAAUGGCAAACAGAGCUGCCGGGAAGGGCUACGAGAAUGAAGACAACUACUCUAACAUUAGGUUCCAGUUUGUUGGCAUUGAAAAUAUCCAUGUGAUGAGAUCCAGCUUACAAAAACUUCUGGAAGUCAGUGGCACGAAGGGUUUGUCUGUCAAUGACUUUUUGUCUGGUUUGGAGAAUUCUGGAUGGUUGCGUCAUAUCAAAGCUGUGUUGGAUGCUGCUGUCUUCCUAGUUAAGGCAGUAGCGGUUGAGAGUGCGAGCGUGUUGGUGCACUGCUCCGAUGGCUGGGAUAGGACUUCCCAAGUUUGUUCCCUUGGAGCUCUCUUACUAGACUCCUAUUACAGAACGAUCAAAGGAUUCAUGGUCUUGAUAGAGAAAGAUUGGAUCUCUUUUGGGCACAAGUUCUCUGACAGGUGUUGUCAGUUGGAUGGUGAUCCUAAAGAGAUCUCACCAGUGUUCACCCAGUUUUUAGAAAGUGUGUGGAAUCUGACUGAGCAGUUUCCACAAGCUUUUGAGUACAAUGAAGCUUUCCUCCUUCAAAUCCAUGAACAUGUCCACUCAUGCCAGUUUGGUAACUUCCUUGGAAACUGCCAAAAAGAGCGAGAAGAACUAAAAUUAAAAGAGAAGACGUAUUCCUUGUGGCCAUUCCUUCUGGAUGAACAAAAGAAAUAUAAGAAUCCUCUGUAUAAUCCAGACUUUUCUCCAGAACUAACUCUUUUGGAGCCUAAUACAGUAUCAUUCAAUUUUAAGUUUUGGAGAAAUAUGUACCAUCAGUUUGAUCGAAGUAUGCAUCCCAGGCAGUCUGUUUUCAAUCUUAUAAUGAACAUGAGUGAACAAAAUAAACAACUGGAGGAAGACAUUAAAGAACUGGAAGCUAAAAUAAAGCAGAGAAACGGGCAGCCAAAUGCAGUCCCUGAGAAGGAACAUCAGAACUCUGCUCCUCCUGCACCCGUGGCACUGAAGACCCCCUCACCGUGCUUCAAGAAGGAGCAGCCGCUGAUCCCUGUGAGCGAUGCUGUGAGAACUAUAGAGGGCAGCAACGCCGCGGACAAUCGCUACAGCGAGUUCGUGGAAGAGUUCUCGAAAGCCGAGCCCGGAGUUGUCAGCUUGGAGUACGGAGUGGCCAGGAUGACCUGCUAGUUAAAAUCUGGAGUUGUGCUCCUCUUCUAGACUGAUAAAGAGAUUGAUUCUUUUGAUGAUGGGUCUGUGCUGCAUGACCAAAACAUGAUUUGUGUAUCGGCAGGUUUGGUUAACAUAGCCUAGAGCAGCAUGCUAGUUGUCAAGUGUUUGCUGUUCUUUUAAGAAGAAGAGAAAGUGUAGUUGUGUUUUAAAAGGAA